GGUUCGAGACCUGCCAGCUGUCCGAGCGGCACUGGGAGAUCCAGGAGGAGGGGCGCGAGCCCGACCACGUGCGGGGCGAGGGCGUGAUCGGCCUGUACCCCAUCCUGGCGGACGGGGGCUGGAUUCUCAACCGGGAGAGCGACCCGUACGGGCAGUACGGCCCGCGGAGGCGUGCGGGAUUAGCAGGCCUCUGUCCUGCAUGGGCUGCUAGGGCCAGGAAGUCGGGGCUCCAGGAUGGCGCCUUCUGUUACCAGAGCUGCUCUGGCCGCACCGCCAGCAUGCGGGGCACCUUCGGCGGCGAGGUGACAUUCGUGCCAGGAACUAGAAGGCGUCCCACAGGGGAGCCAUUUCAAGCUCGAGUACAGCCCUUCAGGCUCCACGUGCCCGAGUACAUGUACUGAGGGCAAGCGCCCGUCAUUGCUGGCGCGCUUUUCCCGUGUAUUUAUCUCCGCCAGUCCUCCGUUCCCUCGGCUGGUAGAUGGCACAAUUUUCGCGCUCAAGAGUUCUCUCUGCUUGUACCUUCAAGUGCCACCGAGGCC